CAUUAAUUCAGUUUCCUCUGUCAUAGGGAUAUGGGAGACAAUAUGACAUCAAUCACAGAGUUCAUCCUCCUGGGGUUUCCACUAAGCCCAAGGAUGCAAGUGUUCCUCUUUGUCCUCUUCUCAAUGUUCUAUGCCUUCACCCUGCUGGGGAAUGGGACCAUCGUGGCACUUAUCUGCCUGGACUCCAGACUCCACACUCCCAUGUACUUUUUCCUUUCCCACCUGGCCAUCGUUGACAUUGCCUAUGCCUGCAACACAGUGCCUCAGAUGUUAGUGAACCUUUUAGAUCCAGUGAAGCCCAUUUCCUAUGCUGGUUGCAUGACACAGACUUUUCUCUUUUUGACAUUUGCUAUCACAGAAUGCCUUCUCCUAGUGGCGAUGUCCUAUGACCGGUAUGUUGCAAUCUGCCACCCACUCCGAUACUCUGCCAUCAUGAGCUGGAGGGUGUGCAGCACCAUGGCGGUGACUUCCUGGAUUAUUGGUGUUCUGCUGUCCUUGAUUCAUCUGGUGUUACUUUUGCCUUUACCCUUCUGUGUGUCUCAGAAAGUGAACCACUUUUUCUGUGAAAUUACAGCUAUCCUCAAACUUGCCUGUGCAGAUACACACCUCAAUGAGAUCAUGGUCCUGGCUGGGGCAGUGUCUGUCCUUGUGGGACCAUUCUCCUCAAUUGUGGUCUCUUAUGCAUGUAUCCUUGGUGCUAUACUGAAGAUCCAGUCAGGGGAGGGUCAAAGGAAAGCUUUUUCCACUUGCUCUUCCCAUCUCUGUGUGGUUGGAUUGUUUUAUGGUACUGCCAUUGUCAUGUACAUUGGACCCAGACAUGGGAGCCCAAAAGAGCAGAAGAAAUAUCUUUUGCUGUUUCACAGUCUUUUUAACCCCAUGCUCAACCCCUUGAUCUAUAGUCUCAGGAAUUCUGAUGUGAAGAAUACUUUGAAAAGAGUGUUGGGGACACGGAGAGCUUUAUGACAAGUUUAUAGCAUCAUGUUUUAACUGUGACAGAGAAUGCUACCCUCUCAAGAUGGUUCUACCAUCCAGAGCAUAUGC